GACGUGUAAUUGACGUGUUGAUCUACACCGAGGCGAGAACUGAUUGAGGGAAAGGAAAACAAGAAGUUUCGACGAUGUGGUCAUUUUUAUCGAGAGAUCCAACGAGGAGCUUUCCUUUUGAAAUAGGAGAGAAGGUGGAUGGCUUAGAAGAUAAAUCAAUUUGGACUUUGCAUCACGGAAAACGAAAGGCCAAUGGAGAACCAGUAUCUGUCUUUAUAGUGGAUCUCAAAAGCCAUUCCGAAUCCAUAGCCCAGUUAGCUAAGAGUGCUCACAAGCGACUCAAGACACUACGACAUCCAAAUGUACUCCUCUAUGUAGAUGGGCUAGAGACGGACAAUGUCAUCUAUGUUGUGACUGAGGAAGUGACACCAUUGGCUACUUUCUUGAAGACUAAUGCACCAAAAGAAUCAACAAUAUCUUGGGGAUUAUAUCAAGUAGUGAAAGGACUGAGUUUCUUGCACAAUGACUGCAAACUAAAACACAACAAUGUAAACCUAAGCUGUGUAUUUGUGAAUCGGGCUGGGGAAUGGAAGCUUGGUGCAGUGGACUACAUCACUCCAUCUGAAGGGGAAGGCAGCACCAUUCCAGAUAAGGGACUGAAGUCAUUAGAAAAAUACAACCCACCAGAAAUGACUGACAUGAGAGCUAAAAAGAGGCCAUGCCCUUGGGCCGCUGAUAUGUGGGGUCUUGGUUGCUUGAUAUGGGAGGUCUUCAAUGGAACACUUCCGAGAACAUCUUCUCUAAAGGCGCUGGGAAAGAUACCCAAACCUCUUGUACCUAACUACUGUGAGUUGGUUGGAGCAAACCCAGUAUCUAGACCAAACCCAGCAAAGUUCAUUGAUUCCUGUAGGAAUUCAGGUGGCUUUAUGAAGAACAGCUUUGUUGAUACUAAUCUCUUUCUCGAAGAAAUACAGAUCAAAGAUCAGACAGAAAAGACAAAUUUCUUGAGUGGUUUGAGCGCUGCCAUUGAUGACUUUCCUGAGGAGUUUUGUCGUCAUCGUAUCCUUCCUCUCCUGCUACAAGCCUUUGAGUUUGGAAAUGCUGGUUCGGCUAUCCUUACUCCACUCCUCAAGUUGGGUAAACUACUAGAUGCCGAUGAAUACCAGAAGAGGAUAGUGCCUAUUGUAGUCAAACUCUUCUCAUCAACAGAUAGGAAUACAAGAGUUAAACUAUUACAGCAGAUGGAUCAGUUUAUAGAGCAUCUCCAACCAGCUGUUGUCAAUGAUCAGAUCUUCCCUCACAUAUGUCAUGGUUUCAAUGAUACAGUGCCUGUUAUAAGAGAAAACACAGUUAAGGCCAUGCUUCUACUAGCUUCCAAGCUGAACGACAAGAACCUCAAUAUGGAAGUCCUUAAACACUUUGCAAGGUUACAAGCCAAAGAUGAGCAGGGAGGAAUUAGAACAAAUACAACAAUAUGCCUUGGCAAACUUGCUGGCUAUCUCAACCCUGCGACAAGACAGAAGGUACUGUCAUCUGCAUUUGUAAGAGCCAUGAAGGACCCCUUCCCACCUGCCAGGACAGCUGGUGUCCUCUCCAUGCUUGCCACUCAGAGCUACUAUUCUCUCAAAGACUGUGCUCUAAGGGUUCUACCAACCCUCUGCACACUCACUGUGGAUCCUGAUCUGGGUGUCAGACAGAAUGCCUUCAAGGCCAUUAAGAUCUUCCUAGACAAACUGGAGAAGGUCUCAGAGAAUCCAGAACUGCUUGAAGAAAUGGAGGCUGAUGUAAACAAAGCAGGUGUAUCAUCUCAGAACCCAUCAAGUUGGACAGGAUGGGCUAUGACAUCUCUUACAUCAAGGUUAUAUAGGGGAGCUGGUAGUAAACCAUCAGCACCAGGAUCAGGUGGCCCUCAACAAGCCAAGUCAGACACAAGAGCAACCAAACCUGAUGAAGGUAAAGAUGAAAGGCCAUCUCCAAUGACGAGGGUUGAUGGUAGCAGAGGUAGAGACUCUGAUUCAGAUUAUGGAAAUGAAGGAGGCAAUGAUGAUGGAUGGAAUGACAAUGAUAACUGGGGCAAUAUGGAGGAUGAAGAGGAGGAAGACACAACUACAACUCAAGAUACACAGAAUACAAAUGAAUGGGACUCUCAAGGAUGGGGUGAUGAUGAUGUUGAUGAUGAUAACAAUUGGGACAGUCUUGAAACACCUGCUACAAGAACUAGUAAAUCAUCUCUUUCAUCAUCAACAGCAAAGUCAAAAUCAUCUGCAUUAAAACUAGGAGGAACCAAGAAGACACAAGACAUGGACUUUGGUGAUUGGGGUUUAGAUGAACCUAUGGUAGAUAAGAAACCCAUCAAGACUAGUUCUAAGCUGUCCAAGAGUCAGUCAGGUUCAGGGAAGUCAACUCCAAAGGGUAGUCCAAAGAAGGCAAUGAGGCACGAUGCUGACCUAGGAGGAUGGGAUGAUGGUGAUGAUGCUGGUGGAUGGGGAAGCAUGGAUGCAGUAGCAGAUGAUGAUGGAGAUGGUGGAGGAUGGGGAGAUGAUGAUGACUGGGGUGCUAUGGAAGACUUGUCAGUGUCACCUACCAAACCUGCUCAGAAAUCAAAGCCAACCUCCAAGCCCCCUCCAGGAUGGGGAGAUAGCCUAGACUUUGAAGAGGACAAGAGCCACACUCCAGCAAGCACUUACAACUGGGGACAAGAUUCUAAUGCAGAUGAAGACUUCUUUGGUGCUACAACCAAGCCAGAGACCACCAGCAAUAAGAAAUCACUGCAGACAUUCAAGAAGCCAUCAUCAUCUCCAAGCAAACAGAAGACAUCAUCGGAUGCAUCAGGUUGGGGUAAUCAAGACUCUGGAUGGGAUGAUGAUGGAUGGGGUUCAUUUGGUAAUGAAGGAGGAGGAGGAGGCAGUGAUAGUGGACUUAGUAAAGCAGAGCUUGCCAAGAAAAAGAGAGAAGAAAGGAGAUUACAAAGAGAGAAAGAACUUCAAGAGAAGAGAGCAGCUAAGAAAGCAGCAGGACCAACCAGACUAGGUGUCAAAAAAGAUUGAGAUUACUCAUAAUUCCCAUUCCUUUUUUAAAGCAUAUCAACAUUUUAUGAUUAAAUGUUGGGACACUUAUAAAAUAAUAAUUGACUCUUAGAAAUUUCAAUUAUGGAAAGCAUGCAGUGCCAUAAUUCGUUGUCUUCUUGAAUAUGUAUGCCAAAGACACAGAGGAGAACUGAUUAUGGCAUCGACUUGUAAUAAUUGAGGCAGCUUAGAAUAGGUUUUAUAAGUUUGGGCUGUGAAUGUCUUGCCUUACAGAAAGUUCAAGUGAA